AUGACAUCACUACUCACCGGAAACCAGUCUGAGGUGACGGAAUUUGUAGUCCAGUGUUUUUCCAAUGCACCAGCACUCCAGCCCCUCCUUUUUGUGAUUUUUUUCCUCAUCUACCUUAUCAUUAUAACAGGAAACACAACAAUUUGUGCAACAGUCACAGCGGAUCCCCACCUGCACACCCCCAUGUAUUGGCUCCUGAAUAACUUUUCAUUUUUGGAAAUGUCUUACUCCUCAGCUAUUCUGCCAAAACUUCUAACCAUGAUCAUUACCCAACACAAGACUAUAUCCACCACUGGGUGUAAAAUUCAGUUGAUUUUCUUCACAGUAUUUACUUGUAUUGAAUUCUUCCUUCUCACAGUUAUGGCUUAUGAUCGCUACGUGGCAGUUUGUCACCCUCUUCAUUAUCACUCACUCAUGACUCUACAACAUUGUGCUAAGUAUAUUGCUGCUGUUUGGGCCAUCGGAUUUCUUGACCCUGCUCCCCUCAAUGCCAUAAUAGCAAAUUUUUCUUUCUGUUCAUCCAAUCAGAUUGACCAUUUCUAUUGUGAUGUCACUCCAGUAUUAAAACUCACUUGCAGUGAUACUUCUACCUUACUUCUUCUCAUUUACAUGAAUGGGGCUUUUCUUUUCUUAAGCACAGUUUCUCUUACUUGCAUUUCUUACAUUCUUAUAAUCCGAACUGUCCAGGGAAUUAAAUCAUCUGAAGGCCGAAAAAAAGCCUUUUCUACGUGCGCUUCCCAUUUGACUUCUGUAAUCCUCUUCUAUGGAACAAUCUUCUGCUUGUACAUGAGGCCAAGAGCAGCCUAUGAGCCAGAGAAAGACAAGUUUUUCUCUCUUUUGAACAUUGUGUUAGUUCCCACCUUGAAUCCUUUUAUUUACACCCUAAAGAAUAAUGAAUUUAAAAUUGACAAGUUCCCUGAACUUGCAAGAUUUCUGCCCAUAAAGAACAAUGGGAUUCUGCUGCUCAAAGCCGGAGAACACUUUCUGAUAAAACAAGUCAGUGUGGAAAAGGGAGAAGUGCCCUGA